AUGGAUGCAAAUGUGAAUGCUGAAUUGCUUAAAAUUUGUUGGGCACCAUUGGGCUUUAAAUUGGCUAAUAAGCCUUAUGCUGCUAAAUUUCAUGUCAAGGCUGAACAGUUGCACAUAAUACUGACUGAUUACGAAUGCAUAUACUAUGAAAUUGCUGAUUUCGUGAAAAAAUUUUCAUCACUGAAUGCCAAAUUAGGUGGUCCAGAAAAGACAUUAUUAGAAAAAGUUCGCAAUAUGUUCCUAUCACCAACAACGAAAGUAUCAGAUGAAAGUAAGAAUGAUAAAGCGCUGGAAUUUAAUCUUGAAAUUAUUGUUGGAAAGCGAACUCUGAAAUGGCAUUUUUUCGGACAACAUUUGAAUUCCAUGGAUUAUGUCUUUUCUCACAUAACUCGACCGUUGUUAAAUAUUCUGUCCGUUAUUGUUGACGGAUGUGAUCUGAGCUCAAUUAAUGCUCCUGUGUCCAACACCAGCUUCAGUGAUCUAUUUGGAAAACCUUCUGUACAGAAACUCUAUGAAGUAGUCACUAUGGAAUCUAUGAUAGCGGAAAGCAUCGGCAAUACCAAUACCGAAGAUGGGAGUGAAGAAAGUAUGAACAUUGACACAGGUGGCAAUAACCAUGAUGGCAAAAGUAGUACUGAUUUCUUCCCUGCUACACCACCCCCUACAUCGACUUAUGAGGUGAUGAGUGAUACAGAUCAAGAUAAAGAAUUUAGGAAAACUCAGACAAUGUGCGAAUCGCCUGUGAAAAAGCCAAGAUUAAGAUUCUGA